AUGUGCUGUUCAGGUGAAGUUAGACGUGAUGUAAUUUCGGUCAACAGACUGGUGAUGGCCAUUAUCCUUCGGUUCCGAAUAUAUGAAAGCUUUCUCAGCUACCUUAUUGGCUCAUUACAGAAGUCGGGAAUGCUAGAGCUUUUGAUUGUUCAUACUAUACUCAUGCAGUAUCAACAUAACAUUAUGUUGAAGAUUGUGCGCAGGCGCGCGGCAUCAAAACAAGUCAUCGAAACACCUUGUUUCCCAAUGGAAACUUCUACCAAUGAUCAUGUGCCGGCGUCGUCGGAAGAAAUAUACCGGCGAAUGUUGGAGGUGGAGCAAGAGUUGAUCGAGUUCCAGGAGUCCAGCAAAGAGCUUGAGCAAACCCUCGAAGACGAGCUUCGCGAGUUGGAGUCUCAGAAUGAUCUCCUCUUGGCGCAGGUUCGAGCGAAGGAUGCCAAAAUCAGCGAAUUGAGCCACACAGGUGAUUCGCUUGAACAAAGAACUUGCAACCGUAUCUGCAGAAUGCUGGCCGCUAGAGACAAGGAAAACAAAGACAUCAUAGCAGAUUUGAAGAAAACUCUAGUGGCGAUGGAAAUUCUGAAUGAUGAUAUGGCCUCUCGUGACCGUGUUCUUGAGCAGAAACUUUCUCUUGCCAAUCAGUUCAAUAAUGAGCUUUUGGAGAAGAUUGCUCUCACGGAAAAUGACUUGGAAAUGGAACGCGAAGCAAACGCCAGGCACCAGCUUACAAUCUCAAACAUGCAGAACGCAGCCAACACAGGGAAUACCACAAGCAGCCGUAUUAAGCGUGACAGCACAUACCAGGAUUUUUCUAUGGCAGAAGGAACUAUUUUGGACAUCAACGAAAUGUUGGCCACAGAACCGCCGGUGCCCGUGAAACAAAGAAGUAUGCCUCGCUCGGAUUCGCUACAUAAGAUGCAGCAGCUUCAUAGCAUGUCGGAUAUUUUGCUCCAUAAAGUGGGCGAAAUGAACCUCGCCUUGAAAUCUCCUUCUACAACGGAAGUGUCGAAACAAAAGGUACCGAUUCAAGGUGAAGAGAAAAAGCCAAGCUUGUCCUACUCACCGUCCAUCCAUAAUCUCUCAAGGAUACAGAGGGAUAUGGAGUCACAGCAUGAACGAAGUGGGUCGGAAAGUACCAUUACGCCUGCUUCUAAACGGGUUCUGACAAGCGGAUCGGCCACUUCUAAAAGAGCGCAAAAGCUCAGAGUCAAAGAAAAAGACUAA